GCGUCGACAGACGAGAUUGAAAACGACUCGCAGAAGAAGCCUCGCUUCGUCCAACCCACCCAUCUUCCGUCGCCAGUCACGCGCAAAGCCUCCAACUCAACUGAAGGCCAAUUGUCGGCCUCGAACGGCGCCUCACAACUAUCUGAGAAGCCCGAAUCUUCUCCUCCCUUUGCCGCCGGCCUGCACUCGCCCCCUUCCGACACUCAACCCUACAGCCAGUUCUUGCCGCCACCACCCAUCAGCUACGAGGUUGAAGAUGAGGAAGCUGAAGGAGUGUGGGGUUAUCUCGUACCGCUCGAUGGAGUUUCGGAACCUCUAGUCUUGAGACGUCGAGCAGCAUGCCCUGUACCCCAAUCCAAAGUUGGUCGCACCGACGGCAAAAGCACAGUGUCGCGCGAUGAGUAUCUUAAUCAAGAAGAGUCAUACGAGCAGGAGAAGGCAGAAAAAGGUGUUCCUGCUGGUGGUUAUCUGAUAGGCAGGCAUCCCGAAUGCGAUCGUAUCAUCAAGACGCCUACUGUCAGCAAUCGCCAUUGUCUGCUGUUCUGUGAAAACAAAGAUGGCGACCAGAUUGCUGUCGUCGAGGACCUUUCAGGCAACGGCACGUACGUCAACAAUGCUAUUGUGGGUCGGAACAAGCGUCGUGACCUCUAUGACGGCGAUGAACUGUCUAUUCUAGACGUGGCUCGCUUUAUCUUCCGAUACCCUAGCAUACGCGACACCAAUGGUUUCCGUCAACAAUACUCGAUCCAAGGACAACUCGGAAAAGGCCACUUUGCAACAGUCUACCUAUGUACCGAAAAGUGCACUGGUGCUCGCUUUGCCGUCAAAAAGUUCGAAAAGCGUCGCACAACCACCAAUUCACAGGCUGCCGAGGAGAGGAGCAGGGUCGAUGGCCUUCAACAAGAAAUUGGUGUUCUAAUGGGAGUCUCGCACCCUAACGUACUCUGUCUCAAGGACACAUUCGAUGAGAGCGACGGCGUUUACCUGAUUCUCGAGCUUGCGCCUGAAGGCGAACUCUUCAACUGGAUUGUGGCAAAACACAAGCUGAGUGAGGCUGAAACAAGAAAGAUCUUUGUUCAGCUUUUCCAAGGCAUCAANCACGAACGCAACAUUGUUCACCGCGAUAUCAAACCUGAAAACAUCCUUCUCAUCGACCGUGAUCUGAACAUCAAGAUUGCCGACUUUGGACUUGCCAAGAUUAUUGGAGAAGAGUCAUUCACAUCCACUCUUUGCGGUACACCAUCGUAUGUUGCACCCGAGAUUCUAGAGCAAGGCAACCGUCGCAGGUAUACACGGGCUGUUGAUGUAUGGUCACUGGGUGUUGUCUUAUACAUCUGCCUGUGCGGGUUCCCACCAUUCAGUGAUGAGCUUUACUCCCCAGAGAACCCAUACACGCUUAGCCAGCAAAUCAGGAUGGGUCGGUUCGAUUACCCUAGCCCCUACUGGGACAGCGUUGGUGACCCAGCACUCGACCUGAUUGACAAGAUGCUCACAGUCGAUGUUGGCAANAGAAUCACGAUAGAUGAAUGUCUCGAGCACCCAUGGACCACAGGACGCGCAGAUGGACAAAUGAGCUUUGGAGCAAGCAUGGAGAGCACAGAUGGCUUGACAGGAGCAAUGGGCAAGUUGGAUUUCUCUAAGCGAAAGCCAGUCCGCGAAAGGACAUUGCUGAGCUCCAUCAACGACGCGACUUUCUUCAAGACACAGGCUACCGAAAAGGACGACCGAGACAUCAAAAUCUGGGAACAGAACAAGGACCAAGCCAAGAAGACGAAUGUCAAAGAGGCGGCUCCGGCGCAUGAGAGAAACCCAGAUGAGUUUGUCAAGAUGGGAGGCAAAGGAGAUGAAACGCUUUACGGAGAGGAAGAAGGGCAGCACGGAAGGUCAGAUUUCCGGGGAUCGAACCAUAAUUUUACUCGGAGUAGGGACAACAAUAAUACAGAGUUCACGACGCCUUCCACGGCGACUUGUUCCUCUUCCUUGCACCUCGGUCAACGAACAAUGGGACUUCUGGCCACUGUUACCGACGCCGUUGCGGCAAACUUGGGCGACAAGCCUCUCUGGCUCGCCGUCUCGAUUGUUGGCGGCGCGGCUUUCGUUCUCGCCAUCGUCCUCAAUGUUCUCUCGCAACUGCUGCCCGUCCGUCGCAAGGGCUCCGAGCCGCCACUCGUCUUCCACUGGGUUCCCUUCAUUGGCAGCACCAUCACCUACGGCAUUGACCCCUACAAGUUCUUNUUCAAGUGCCGCGAACAGUACGGCGAUGUCUUCACCUUCAUCUUGCUCGGCAAGAAGACCACUGUCUACCUAGGUACCAAGGGUAACGACUUCAUCCUCAACGGCAAGCUCAAGGAUGUCAACGUCGAGGAAAUCUACAGNCCCCUGACCACUCCCGUCUUCGGUUCCGAUGUCGUCUACGAUUGCCCCAACUCCAAACUCAUGGAGCAGAAGAAGUUCGUCAAGUUUGGUUUGACCACCGAGGCUCUUCGCUCUUACGUUUCCGUCAUCACCGCCGAAACAGAGGACUUUUUAGCAAACUCCAACUGGUUCAAAGGCGAUGCCGGUGAACUCAACGUUCCCAAGGCCAUGGCUGAGUUGACAAUCUACACCGCCAGUCGUUCGCUCCAGGGCAAGGAAGUCCGCGCAAAGUUCGACAGCACCUUCGCCGAUCUAUACCAUGAUCUUGACAUGGGCUUCACUCCAAUCAACUUCAUGCUUCCCUGGGCUCCUCUGCCUCAGAAUCGCAAGCGCGACGCUGCUCAGCGCAAGAUGACCGAGACUUACAUGGAAAUCAUCAAGGCUAGGCGUGAUAGUGGCAAGACAAAGCCCGAGGACGGCGAGACAGACAUGAUUUGGAACCUGAUGAACUGCGAAUACAAGACUGGCCAGAUGAUUCCCGAUAAGGAAAUUGCUCACAUGAUGAUUGCUCUGCUCAUGGCUGGUCAACACAGUUCUUCUGCCUCCAUCUCUUGGAUUCUGCUUCGCCUGGCCUCUCGCCCUGACAUUGUUGAGGAGUUGCUUGCCGAACAGAAGGCUGUUCUUGGUGCCGACCUGCCCGAUUUGACCUUCGAAGAUCUCUCUCGUCUGCCUCUCCACUCUCAGGUCGUCAAGGAGACUCUGCGUCUUCACAGCCCUAUCCACAGUAUCAUGCGCGCUGUCAAGUCGCCUAUGCCUGUCGAGGGUACUCCCUACGUCAUCCCCACCACUCAUGUUCUGCUCGCCGCCCCUGGUGUCACAUCCAAGAUCUCCGAGUACUUUCCGGAGCCCAAUCUUUGGGAGCCGCAUCGCUGGGAUGCUGAGGCUACGGGCAAAUACUCAGAUCUCAAGCCUGUCAUUGCUACGAACGCCGACGACGACGAAAAGACUGACUAUGGUUACGGUUUGGUAUCCAAGGGUACCAGCUCGCCAUAUCUUCCUUUCGGUGCUGGUAGACAUCGUUGCAUCGGUGAGCAGUUCGCUUAUGUGCAGCUGCAAACCAUCCUUGUGACCAUGGUUCGAUCUUUCAAAUUCCGCAAUCUUAAUGGUCGCGAAGGUGUUGUUGACACUGACUAUUCGGUAUGUCUUGAUCCGCUGUUUACUCCCUCUGUGAUCCUAUAC